CGGAGGGAUCUCGGGGGAGGGCGGGGCUUCCGAGGGUUAUAUAAGGCGACGCCCGGCGGGGCCGCAGCUAGUUCCGUCGAGACCUAGAGUUCCGUCGCUGCUUCUCUCCGUGUGGACUGCUGCCGCCACCGCCGACAAUGCAGAUCUUUGUGAAAACCUUAACUGGUAAGACCAUCACCCUAGAGGUCGAGCCCAGUGACACCAUCGAGAAUGUCAAGGCAAAGAUCCAGGACAAAGAGGGCAUCCCCCCUGACCAGCAGAGGCUGAUCUUUGCAGGCAAACAGCUGGAAGAUGGCCGCACCCUGUCUGACUACAACAUCCAGAAAGAGUCCACCCUGCACCUGGUCCUGCGACUCAGGGGUGGUAUGCAGAUCUUUGUGAAGACCCUGACAGGCAAGACCAUCACCCUGGAGGUCGAGCCCAGUGACACCAUCGAGAAUGUCAAGGCAAAGAUCCAGGACAAAGAGGGCAUCCCCCCUGACCAGCAGAGGCUGAUCUUUGCAGGCAAGCAGCUGGAAGAUGGCCGCACCCUGUCUGACUACAACAUCCAGAAAGAGUCCACCCUGCACCUGGUCCUGCGUCUCAGGGGUGGUAUGCAGAUCUUUGUGAAGACCCUGACAGGCAAGACCAUCACCCUGGAGGUCGAGCCCAGUGACACCAUCGAGAAUGUCAAGGCAAAGAUCCAGGACAAAGAGGGCAUCCCCCCUGACCAGCAGAGGCUGAUCUUUGCAGGCAAGCAGCUGGAAGAUGGCCGCACCCUGUCUGACUACAACAUCCAGAAAGAGUCCACCCUGCACCUGGUCCUGCGUCUCAGGGGUGGUAUGCAGAUCUUUGUGAAGACCCUGACAGGCAAGACCAUCACCCUGGAGGUCGAGCCCAGUGACACCAUCGAGAAUGUCAAGGCAAAGAUCCAGGACAAAGAGGGCAUCCCCCCUGACCAGCAGAGGCUGAUCUUUGCAGGCAAGCAGCUGGAAGAUGGCCGCACCCUGUCUGACUACAACAUCCAGAAAGAGUCCACCCUGCACCUGGUCCUGCGACUCAGGGGUGGUAUGCAGAUCUUUGUGAAGACCCUGACAGGCAAGACCAUCACCCUGGAGGUCGAGCCCAGUGACACCAUCGAGAAUGUCAAGGCAAAGAUCCAGGACAAAGAGGGCAUCCCCCCUGACCAGCAGAGGCUGAUCUUUGCAGGCAAACAGCUGGAAGAUGGCCGCACCCUGUCUGACUACAACAUCCAGAAAGAGUCCACCCUGCACCUGGUCCUGCGUCUCAGGGGUGGUAUGCAGAUCUUUGUGAAGACCCUGACAGGCAAGACCAUCACCCUGGAGGUCGAGCCCAGUGACACCAUCGAGAAUGUCAAGGCAAAGAUCCAGGACAAAGAGGGCAUCCCCCCUGACCAGCAGAGGCUGAUCUUUGCAGGCAAGCAGCUGGAAGAUGGCCGCACCCUGUCUGACUACAACAUCCAGAAAGAGUCCACCCUGCACCUGGUCCUGCGACUCAGGGGUGGUAUGCAGAUCUUUGUGAAGACCCUGACAGGCAAGACCAUCACCCUGGAGGUCGAGCCCAGUGACACCAUCGAGAAUGUCAAGGCAAAGAUCCAGGACAAAGAGGGCAUCCCCCCUGACCAGCAGAGGCUGAUCUUUGCAGGCAAGCAGCUGGAAGAUGGCCGCACCCUGUCUGACUACAACAUCCAGAAAGAGUCCACCCUGCACCUGGUCCUGCGACUCAGGGGUGGUAUGCAGAUCUUUGUGAAGACCCUGACAGGCAAGACCAUCACCCUGGAGGUCGAGCCCAGUGACACCAUCGAGAAUGUCAAGGCAAAGAUCCAGGACAAAGAGGGCAUCCCCCCUGACCAGCAGAGGCUGAUCUUUGCAGGCAAGCAGCUGGAAGAUGGCCGCACCCUGUCUGACUACAACAUCCAGAAAGAGUCCACCCUGCACCUGGUCCUGCGUCUCAGGGGUGGUAUGCAGAUCUUUGUGAAGACCCUGACAGGCAAGACCAUCACCCUGGAGGUCGAGCCCAGUGACACCAUCGAGAAUGUCAAGGCAAAGAUCCAGGACAAAGAGGGCAUCCCCCCUGACCAGCAGAGGCUGAUCUUUGCAGGCAAGCAGCUGGAAGAUGGCCGCACCCUGUCUGACUACAACAUCCAGAAAGAGUCCACCCUGCACCUGGUCCUGCGUCUCAGGGGUGGUAUGCAGAUCUUUGUGAAGACCCUGACAGGCAAGACCAUCACCCUGGAGGUCGAGCCCAGUGACACCAUCGAGAAUGUCAAGGCAAAGAUCCAGGACAAAGAGGGCAUCCCCCCUGACCAGCAGAGGCUGAUCUUUGCAGGCAAGCAGCUGGAAGAUGGCCGCACCCUGUCUGACUACAACAUCCAGAAAGAGUCCACCCUGCACCUGGUCCUGCGACUCAGGGGUGGUAUGCAGAUCUUUGUGAAGACCCUGACAGGCAAGACCAUCACCCUGGAGGUCGAGCCCAGUGACACCAUCGAGAAUGUCAAGGCAAAGAUCCAGGACAAAGAGGGCAUCCCCCCUGACCAGCAGAGGCUGAUCUUUGCAGGCAAACAGCUGGAAGAUGGCCGCACCCUGUCUGACUACAACAUCCAGAAAGAGUCCACCCUGCACCUGGUCCUGCGUCUCAGGGGUGGUAUGCAGAUCUUUGUGAAGACCCUGACAGGCAAGACCAUCACCCUGGAGGUCGAGCCCAGUGACACCAUCGAGAAUGUCAAGGCAAAGAUCCAGGACAAAGAGGGCAUCCCCCCUGACCAGCAGAGGCUGAUCUUUGCAGGCAAACAGCUGGAAGAUGGCCGCACCCUGUCUGACUACAACAUCCAGAAAGAGUCCACCCUGCACCUGGUCCUGCGACUCAGGGGUGGUAUGCAGAUCUUUGUGAAGACCCUGACAGGCAAGACCAUCACCCUGGAGGUCGAGCCCAGUGACACCAUCGAGAAUGUCAAGGCAAAGAUCCAGGACAAAGAGGGCAUCCCCCCUGACCAGCAGAGGCUGAUCUUUGCAGGCAAGCAGCUGGAAGAUGGCCGCACCCUGUCUGACUACAACAUCCAGAAAGAGUCCACCCUGCACCUGGUCCUGCGACUCAGGGGUGGUAUGCAGAUCUUUGUGAAGACCCUGACAGGCAAGACCAUCACCCUGGAGGUCGAGCCCAGUGACACCAUCGAGAAUGUCAAGGCAAAGAUCCAGGACAAAGAGGGCAUCCCCCCUGACCAGCAGAGGCUGAUCUUUGCAGGCAAGCAGCUGGAAGAUGGCCGCACCCUGUCUGACUACAACAUCCAGAAAGAGUCCACCCUGCACCUGGUCCUGCGACUCAGGGGUGGUAUGCAGAUCUUUGUGAAGACCCUGACAGGCAAGACCAUCACCCUGGAGGUCGAGCCCAGUGACACCAUCGAGAAUGUCAAGGCAAAGAUCCAGGACAAAGAGGGCAUCCCCCCUGACCAGCAGAGGCUGAUCUUUGCAGGCAAGCAGCUGGAAGAUGGCCGCACCCUGUCUGACUACAACAUCCAGAAAGAGUCCACCCUGCACCUGGUCCUGCGACUCAGGGGUGGUAUGCAGAUCUUUGUGAAGACCCUGACAGGCAAGACCAUCACCCUGGAGGUCGAGCCCAGUGACACUAUCGAGAAUGUCAAGGCAAAGAUCCAGGACAAAGAGGGCAUCCCCCCUGACCAGCAGAGGCUGAUCUUUGCAGGCAAGCAGCUGGAAGAUGGCCGCACCCUGUCUGACUACAACAUCCAGAAAGAGUCCACCCUGCACCUGGUCCUGCGUCUCAGGGGUGGUAUGCAGAUCUUUGUGAAGACCCUGACAGGCAAGACCAUCACCCUGGAGGUCGAGCCCAGUGACACCAUCGAGAAUGUCAAGGCAAAGAUCCAGGACAAAGAGGGCAUCCCCCCUGACCAGCAGAGGCUGAUCUUUGCAGGCAAGCAGCUGGAAGAUGGCCGCACCCUGUCUGACUACAACAUCCAGAAAGAGUCCACCCUGCACCUGGUCCUGCGACUCAGGGGUGGUAUGCAGAUCUUUGUGAAGACCCUGACAGGCAAGACCAUCACCCUGGAGGUCGAGCCCAGUGACACCAUCGAGAAUGUCAAGGCAAAGAUCCAGGACAAAGAGGGCAUCCCCCCUGACCAGCAGAGGUUGAUCUUUGCAGGCAAGCAGCUGGAAGAUGGCCGCACCCUGUCUGACUACAACAUCCAGAAAGAGUCCACCCUGCACCUGGUCCUGCGACUCAGGGGUGGUAUGCAGAUCUUUGUGAAGACCCUGACAGGCAAGACCAUCACCCUGGAGGUCGAGCCCAGUGACACCAUCGAGAAUGUCAAGGCAAAGAUCCAGGACAAAGAGGGCAUCCCCCCUGACCAGCAGAGGCUGAUCUUUGCAGGCAAGCAGCUGGAAGAUGGCCGCACCCUUUCUGACUACAACAUCCAGAAAGAGUCCACCCUGCACCUGGUCCUGCGUCUCAGGGGUGGUAUGCAGAUCUUUGUGAAGACCCUGACAGGCAAGACCAUCACCCUGGAGGUCGAGCCCAGUGACACCAUCGAGAAUGUCAAGGCAAAGAUCCAGGACAAAGAGGGCAUCCCCCCUGACCAGCAGAGGCUGAUCUUUGCAGGCAAGCAGCUGGAAGAUGGCCGCACCCUGUCUGACUACAACAUCCAGAAAGAGUCCACCCUGCACCUGGUCCUGCGUCUCAGGGGUGGUAUGCAGAUCUUUGUGAAGACCCUGACAGGCAAGACCAUCACCCUGGAGGUCGAGCCCAGUGCCACCAAGAAAGUCAAACAGGAAGAUGGACGCACCUUUCUCACUACAGUGUCUAGAAAGAGCCCUCCUUGUGCUUGUUCUUGGGCUUGAGGGGAGAUGCCUUAGUUUCCCCCUGUCUCUUAAGCUGUUAACAGGUUUCAUUGCACUUUGAAUAAAAUUCUUGCAUUCCCAAA